GCCUCUUGUUUUGGAAAUGUUUGUAGCUUUUUAAAAUUGUUUUUAUUUGCGAUUGUUUGCUAAAAUUAUUUGUUAGAUGUAGCUAUAGAAGUCAGAACAAUAUUGUCUCAGCAUCAUGCCUUAAUUUGUCUCACAUAAAUGUUUUUUCAGGUGCAGAGAUCCAUCUAAUACACAAAUCCACCUGCAGUUUCUUAUUUCAGAGAUUCUCAAAAUUACAUCUUUUUUGUUAACCUUUGAGUGACAAUUUUCAUUUCAUUUUGACCCACAUGUGAAGUGCAGUUGUGUAGGACAUGUGAAAGUCGUCAUAUAAUUCACUGGGGAGUGGUGGAUUUUAAUAUUUGCAAAUCUAGUCAGUGCUUCUUGCCUCAUUAUUUACAUCUGCGUGCUAUAUCGGACACAACAGAGAGUUUCAGAUGUGUUUGAAGAAAGAACAAAGGGGGAAUGGUCAUUUGUUUUGCAAGAGAGGCGUUUUUGUGUUUGCUGAUGUAGUGCAAGUUUGGAAAUGUCAGUGUUCACUUCUCCUUAAGGUCCUAUGGUUUUUGUAAGUACAGAACAGAGAGAGGGAGAAAUUUGCCCUAUGAAAGCUACAAGAAGAAGCAGAAGGCGUGAUACUAUGACGCAGCUGAGUGUGCGGCGCUGGACCACCAAACACGUGGCCAAAUGGCUGAAGGACGAAGGCUUCUGCGACUACGUGGACCUCCUGUGUAACCGGCACAGACUGGACGGGACCAGCCUCUUGGCCCUGAGCGAGUAUGACCUGCGCUCCCCCCCGCUGGAGCUCAAAGUUCUGGGCGACAUUAAACGCCUCAUGGUCUCCAUCCGAAAACUACAGAAGCAAAACCUGGAUGUUCUAGAGGAGCUGGGGCUGCCCUUUGACGGACACUCUCCCACAGGUCCUGGUUUGGAGUGGCUGUGUAACGGAGACGGGGUGAGGGACUGUGACAGCACGGACACGGCGCCGGUCGGAGAGGAGUACAACACGAAUCAAUACACCAACGGGAAGUACAAGAGCGCCCCCCGCAGGCUGGACCCGGAGUGCUGGAAGACCGCGCUCAGCUCCAUCUACGUGGUGUUUGUGUUCGGCUUCACCUCCUUCGUCAUGGUGAUCGUUCACGAGAGGGUCCCUGACAUGCGCACCUACCCCCCACUGCCAGACAUCUUCCUCGAUAGUGUGCCUCGUAUCCCAUGGGCCUUUGCGAUGGCUGAAGCCUGUGGGGUCAUUCUCUGUAACAUCUGGGUGCUGGUGCUACUGCUUCACAAACACAGGUCCAUUUUGCUGCGUCGCCUGUGCAGUCUGAUGGGGACCGUCUUUAUGCUGCGCUGUGUCACCAUGUUUGUCACGUCCCUCUCCGUCCCCGGACAACACCUGCAGUGCUCCAGCAAGAUGUACGGGGACAUGUGGGCGAAGCUGCAGAGGGCGGUGGCGAUCUGGAGCGGCUUUGGGAUGACGCUGACGGGAGUACACACCUGUGGAGACUACAUGUUCAGCGGACACACUGUGGUCAUCACCAUGUUAAACUUCUUUGUCACUGAGUACACCCCUCGAAACUGGCACUUCCUGCACACUCUGUCCUGGGUCCUGAACCUGUUCGGGAUCUUCUUCAUUUUGGCGGCUCACGAGCACUACUCCAUCGACGUCUUCAUCGCGUUCUACAUCACCACCAGACUCUUCCUGUACUACCACACGCUCGCCAACACUCGGGCGUACCAGCAGAGCCGCCGCGCCCGCAUCUGGUUCCCCAUGUUCUCCUUUUUCGAGUGCAACGUCAACGGGCCGGUGCCAAACGAGUACUGCUGGCCCUUCUCCAGACCCACCGCAAUGCGCAGGCUCAUCGGGUAAAACGACGGGGGUUUUAUUACAGGCACUAAGUGUAAUGGACUGAAAAUACUGACUGAAUUUACAUGUGCACUGGUCAUUACUGUUACACUGGGAAAACGACUGUCUUAAAGGUGUGCUGUGUAACUUUUCUGGUGACGAGCCUCCAUGGAGAUGUCAAAGCUUUACCUGGAAUGUUCCUCAGUAUGGCAUUAACUGAAUCUAGCUCGUAUUUAUUCAAUUACAGCUGUUUAAAUCACAAAAAAAAAAAAAAAAAAAAGCAUUUCUUACUGUGACCUUGCUCGCCACUCCACGGUUUUGACUUGUAACUUUGCCACCAGCUUGUCUCCAUGGAGAUAGAGAUAGGUGGAAAAGUUUAAUGCCAUACUGUGGAACAUUCAAAGCAAAGCAAUAAGUUACACCGUGCACCUUUAAAUGAGCUAAAUGGCUUGAAUUAAGAAUUAUGAAUCCUUUUUUUUUUACUUACUAAUUUAAGUUAAGUUUAAGUUAUUUUUACUUAUUUAGUAUAAAGUAAUCACUCCCUUUUUACUGAUAAAGUGGAGUAAGAUUGAUUUAUUUCGCUUUUGAAGUAAAAAUACGAUUAUUUUCUUUUUUUAAUCAAAAUAGACAUUGAACCAUUGAUAAUUUUAGUUUCGUAAAAAAAUUUGACUCAAAUCAAUACAGGUAAAUACUCUUAAUUCAUGCUAUUUGCUUAUUUAAGAUGGUCUUUUUUGCAGCGCAUCUUAAAAUCUUAAGCACUAGGAAUAUGUAAGAGGUUUAAACUGACUUUGUUUAAUAUAAUGUAGAUGAGAGAUGUCUCAACUGUGACAGACCCCCUACGUUUAGAUAUGUUUUUGUACUAUGAACACUUUAAUUUGAGUAUUCCUGACAUUUUUUUGCAUGUUUUUAUUUAUUUAUUUCAGUUUAUAAAGACCAUUUUAAACCUCUUAAAUAUUCUAAGCCGUUCAUUUGUCAAUACCGAUUUCUCUCAAGUUGCCAUGGGAAUACGAAGCAAUCCCAGAUCUAGAGCCAUAACAUUUACGCCGUCUGCAAACAACUAUUACUAUUAUUAUAUUUUAUGUGCAUUAAAAUAACUGCAGGACUUCAUAAAUCACUUUAAGAGACAAUAACGAAGUGAGUAGACCACCGCCAAGGCAUUAGUCCUAUCCCGCAAUGACAAUAAAAUGGUGCCCAGACUGAUACUUCUAUAGACCUAGACUUAUUAUUGCUAGCCUUGUCAAAAAAAUAUAGAGGAAGCAAUUAUUUAAAAAUGUUGUUUGUUAACAUUUUGUAGUAAGAUUACAAUGAGUAUAUCCACGUAAGUCCUUUAAUCGCCUACGGUAGCCUUUCUGGGACAAGUUCUUCAAUGUGAAUGGAAAACAUAAUAUGAAAAACAUGUAGAAAAAUGUAUUAUUAAAGGUUUAUGUUAAAGGUGCAUUACGUAACUUUUCUGGCGGACCUGCUUGUCACCAUGGAGAUUUAUCGCUAGCGUUAAAUCAACAUAACUAGCAGCAGGUGACGCCACUAGGCCGAGUUACGGGUCAGAUCUGUGGAGAGAUGAACUUGCUUUAGAUGUUUUUUGAGGUGGUUUUGAGCUAUAAAAGUACUGUGUAAUAUUCCAGGCAAACAAUAACAUCUCCAUGGUGACGAGCAAGUGACACGGCACCACUAUUAAAGUUACAGAGUUCAUCUUUAAUCUCUGUUUUAGCCCACUGAUGUACAAAACUUCUUAAAAAGUGACCAAUUAUAGUGUAUACUGCCUUUUGUUUUGAUUUGACAAAACAGAAAUAGCCAUAAUGCACCCUUUUUCAUCCCACAGAUAAUACACCAAUCAACCAUAACAUUAUGAUGUGAUGUAGUCCUGGUUUGGACCUGGUUUACACCUAGUUUAGACCUAGUUUAGACCUGAUUUAGUUUAGUACAGCUCUUUUGGGGUGUUCAGAUGUGUUUUAGACCUGAUUUAAUCCUGGUUUGGACCGGGUUUGGACCUGGUUUCUACCUGGUUUAGAACAGCUCUUUUCAGAUGUUCCAGAUUUAUCAGAUGUGCUUUAGACCUGGUUUAGACCUGAUUUCGAACUGGUGUAACUCUGGUUUAGUCCUGUUUUUUGAUCUGGUUUAAACUUGAUUUAGUCCUGGUUUUCGAGCUGGUCUAGUCCUGGUUUAGACCUUAUCUGACCAGCCAGAACUACACGCUUUGACAAAACUGGCUGGUCAAGCAAGUUUGGAUCUGGUUUAGACCUUCUUUAGACCUUGUUUAGACCUGGUGUAGUCCUAGUUUUCGACCUGAUUUCGACCUGGUUUAGAGCAGCUCUUUUCGGAUGUUCCCGAUCUGUCAGAUGUACUUUUGACCUGGUUUAUACCUGAUUUCAAACUGGUUUAACUCUGGUUUAGUCCUAUUUUUCGAUCUGGUUUAAACUUGAUUUAGUCCUGGUUUUUGAGCUGGUUUAGUCCCGGUUUAGACCUUAUCUGACCAGCCAGAACCACGCGCUUUGACAAAACUGACUGGUCAAACUGUAGUCCUAGUUUUUGACCUGGUUUAGACCUGGUUUAGACCUGGUUUGGACCUGGUUUAGUACUGGUUAAGUCCUGGUGUAAUAUCAGAUUGGUCAUGAUGUUAUAUUUGAUUCAUGUGAAGAAAUAGUAAUGAUUUCCUUGUUUAAAACUGUGAAUUGUUGUCAUGGUAACCAUAGCAUUUCAAAAGUUGUGAGCCAAAUUAUGUAAAUAUUUGUCUCAUACAUGAAAACUUGCCAAUAAUUCUUUGAGUGUAAUUAUUGCGUUUGUGUCUAAACUAUUUCAGUUUUUUGGUAGAUGUCUAGUGUUUUAUAUGCUACGAGGCAGUGUAAAUAUCAUUAAAAACAUGAGUAGUGGCCAAGUUCCUUAAAUUUCUAUGUAUGUUUGUAUUAAUUUAUUCUUUUUUUGUAAGCAUUGAUAGUUUUUAUAUAUAUUGCCAAGUUUAAGCAACAUGCACAUGAAAAAAAUAAUGUUUACAGUUGCUCUGGGUGAUAAAUUUGUUUUCAUAAUUUUCAUUUGAGAUUUCAAAUAAGUGAAAUUAUAAUUGUUUUCAUAGCUUUCGAACUGUAUUAUACUUUGACUGGUGCAGUGCAGUAGUGCUCAUUUCAUGUCAUUUUCCCAUUUCGAAAAUUCAAUAAAAAACUGAAAUCGCUUGUA